UGCUAUAUGCAAAGAAAAAAUGUGAUUAUAGCGAGAGAGGCAGUAUACAUGACCUCGUGACUUCAUACUCAUACCACUGUAGACUAUAGACGUACAGAUUGUAGAUAAACGGAGGUGGGGGACAAAUAAUGGAACAGAAUUCAUCAAUGAAUGAAAUUCAUGUUAAACAGGGGGAGUUUCCUAAUAUAAACUCUGUACGAAGUAGAUAUUAUGGUAGAUAAUUAUGUAAGAAAUGAUUUUGUACUUCUGCUUUAUUUAUUAAAAAGAUAAAGUAAUGUGGGAUAAACUUAUCAAACGUUAUGUUUGUGUAGCAAGUUAUGAGGUAACUUUCUAUGCUUAAUACAUGUAUUUGAAGUUAUAGUGAAUUUUCUAUUUGUCUAAUAUUCAAUUAUGGAACAAAUUAAUAAUAUUCUUCGCGAUGAUAAUUUAUAUAAGGCUGCUAUACAAGCAUUACAUGGUUUACAAAGCAAUAGUAAUUAUUUAAAAUUAGUAACAAAAGAUAAUUCACAAGCAAAUGCUGUUCGUAACUUGCCUGAUACAAAGAAAUAUUUAAUCCGGUCUGGUAUUACACUUGAAAAAUUAGAUACUUUGUCAGUUAUACAUAUAGCAGGUACAAAAGGAAAGGGUUCCACUUGCGCAUAUACAGAAGCUAUUUUACGUGAACAUGGUUUUAAAACAGGAUUCUUUAGUUCUCCACAUUUAGUUAAUGCAAGAGAACGUAUAAGAAUAAGUGGGCAACCAAUAAGCAAAACACAGUUUACUCAGAACUUUUGGAAAAUAUAUAAAAAACUGGAAGAUACAAAAGAACAUGAAUCUGAUAUGCCUACAUAUUUUAAAUUUCUGACAAUUCUCAUGUUUAAUACAUUUUUAGAUGAACAUGUUGAUGUUGCUAUAAUUGAAGUUGGAAUUGGAGGUUUAUAUGAUUGUACAAAUAUUAUAAGAAAUCCUGUAUGUGUAGGCAUAACUAGUUUAGGAUUAGAUCAUACUUCUUUACUGGGAAAUACUGUUGAAGACAUAGCUUAUCAAAAAUCUGGAAUUUUUAAAUCAGGAACUGUUGCUUUUUCUGUUCCACAAUUAUCUCAAGCAAUGCGUAUAUUGGAAGAACAAGCAAUUGAAAGAAAUUGUAAGUUACGUGUUAUUCCAUCUUUUGAUGAAUAUAAGUGGGAAAAUCUUUCACCUAUUUUACAAAUAAAAAAUAAAGUUCAGCAACAAAAUGCAUCUAUAGCUAUUCAGAUGGCUACUGAAUGGCUACUGACUAGGAAUAAAGUUGCAUCUGUAUCUAUGGACAAGAUCGCAAUAGCAUUGACCUCUUGUAAAUGGCCAGGUCGAAUGCAAGUUUUAAGAAGUAGUAUUGGCGAUUUUUUUUUAGAUGGUGCACAUACCAUUGAAAGUAUUGAGUGCUGUAUUUCAUGGUUCAAUGAUAUAAGUAGUGGAAGUAAAAGAAAAAAGGUUCUAAUUUUUAAUACAUCUGGUACUCGAGAUCCAAUACAACUAUUAAUACCAUUAAGAUCUUUACAUUUUUAUAAAGCAUACUUUGUACCAAAUCUUGUAGGAAUUAAAAGUUUAGACAAUGAAAUGAAUAGCUCAUCGACAGAUGAGCAAAAAAUAAAAUGUGAAAUAAAUUCUAAAAUAUGGGGAAUGAAUUCAGUAGUUGCAAAUAAUGUUCUUGAAGUUUUAGAAGAUAUAAAAAGGAACUUGGUACAAAAAAAUAAUUGUGAAAGGUAUCAAAUACUUGUUACAGGAUCCUUACAUUUAAUAGGUGCAGUUCUUGCUAUUUUAGAUCCGAAUUUGACAAUGAAUACGGAAUUUUAAUAUGUAUUUUAAAAAUUGGGGAUUAUAUGGUAUAUUUACGAAAUAUAUAAUAAUGUUUUUAAAAAAGAAAAAAUGUAAAGUACAUUCUUUUUAUAUAAACAAUAGAAUUAUUAUUAUUUAAUAACUAUAUUAACAACUGUAUCAAUCCAUAAUAACACAGUAAUGAGAUAUUGCAUUGUUAUUCUGAUGAUAAUCGUAAAAUACUUAUUGAUAUUUUUUCUUAACAAUUCUUUUGUACUUCAGUAUAAAUAUAUUUUUCACAAAACUA